AUGAAGGAAACCAUGCGCUCGACGCUCCGCAACCACGAGAGGCAGACGAGGCAGCAGUCGCGCCCGCGCGAGCCUUUCACCAACACGACUCCAUCGGCGGCGCAGCCAUCAACACCUUCAUCGUCAUCGUUCGGAUCGCGAUCUCCGUGCAGCAGUCCGGCUACGGCGGCCACAGUGCACCGCAAACCUGUCAAGAGCAGCGGCAACAGCAGCUGCCAUGACGCACCGGUACAGGAGAAAGCUAGGAGGGAGAAGAAAGGGUUGGUCACCAUGUAUAGAGACGCACCGCCGAGCGAUGGGGAGAUGCUCGGGGCGGUGGUCAAGGAGGGAUGGAAAGGGUGGCAGGAGAAGAGGAGAAAGGAGGCGGCGCGGGAGAGGCCGGAUUUGAAGGGGGGCGAGCACGAGAAAGGUCGUCAGCCGCGGCAACCUCCUGCUGCUGCUUUUGCUUCCUCCUCGCGCCCGAGUUCCCGACCUGCUACUCGCCACGGAGGUGCUUCCACUCAUGGAUAUACCAAGCAUACCGCGCACGAGCACGACAGCACGAAGCCUGACGACCUCGAUGUCCUCGUCUCCAAGGUUGCGGACAAGCUGUCGCACUGGAGCAAGGGGGUUUCCGAGCGCUCUGCGGAGGCGAAGGAGAAGAGGAUGGAGGAGCGUCAGCGCAAGGAGCGUGAGGCGCUGAAAAAGACCAUAUCAUCCCCCAGACCCGCCGAAACAAGCAGUGGAAGGCCGAGCUUUGGCAGUGACGGUAGUGUCCGCCCGCUUAUGGGCGCCGACAAGACUGGAGGGUCGAUGGCGGAGCGUAUGGCAAAUCGUGGCGGCAGCGACUUCGAGAUCCCGUUCUGGCCGCGGCCGCGAGGUAAGAAGGACAAUUCCACGGCGUCGAGCGCCACGGGGUCGCCCCAGCACAGAUCACGGCACGGCGACGGGUGCGACGAAGGCGUCACGCGGGUUGGGGAUUCCAUCGAGUCGGAGCUGGGGUCGGCGCCUUGGAACCAACAUGUCACCAAGUCCAGUCCAUUUUCCUCGCCGCACAGCAGCAGAAGCUCGUCGGACAAGCAGCGGUCCGAGUCGGGGUCCGGAUCGCCCUCGGGCAGGCUUUUUGGCAGGUUCGUCCCUUCUCCCACGACUCUGUUCGGCGGUGGUGGCCAAAGCCAUCCGCCGAGGCCUCCGCGGCGCGGUUCUGACGACAGCUUCUUUGGGUGUCAGGGCAUCUCGGUCGAGGAAGCGAAGGCCGCGCAGCAUCUUGUGCAGCAGGACGAACACGGUGAGGGGCACAUCAAGCGGCUCGACUUGCGCACGCCGCCCACUGGCGGGCACCGGCGUCGUGAUGGGGGCGGCGGGGCUGAGGACGGUGACGAUGGCCGUAAGCGUGCAGCGCUGGUUACGAAUGAUGGCGCGGGGCGCGUGUCACCGGUGGUGAGAAACGCGCAGCACCGGCCGCUGGUGUCGGACCAGGGCGUGGAUAGACGUAGCGUCGCGGCGGAGCUGGUCGGCCAGCGUCAGCGGCGCAACGGCGGCGAUGACGAUGCGCGCGGGCCUGGGUGCGACGACCGCGGCGUCUCCUGGUGGGAUCCGCCAGCUCAGUCGAGCGAUGGCAGGCGGCGGGCCGGGACGCGGGAGGCCAGAGAGGGCAGGGGAGAGGCGGGGACCGAGUGCACGAAGUACUGGACGGGAUACAGGGAGAAGUUGAGGGCCUCUGGCUGGGAGGACGGCAAGCCGUUCUGA